AUGGGCAAAUCACAGUCCAAGCUCUCGCAAGAGCAGCUGGCCGAACUCCAGAAGUCCACCCACUUUGACAAGAAGGAGCUGCAGCAAUGGUAUAAGGGCUUCCUCAAGGACUGCCCCUCGGGCAUGCUCACCAAGGAGGAGUUCCAGAAGAUCUACCGGCAGUUCUUCCCCUUUGGCGACCCCUCGUCGUUCGCCGACUACGUCUUCAACGUCUUCGACAGCGAUAAGUCCGGCAGCAUCGACUUCAAGGAGUUCAUCUGCGCCCUGAGCGUCACCUCGCGCGGCAAGAUGGAGGACAAGCUCGACUGGGCCUUCCAGCUCUACGACAUUGACGGCGACGGCAAGAUAAGCUACGACGAGAUGCUCAAGAUCGUGGAGGCGAUCUACAAGAUGGUCGGCUCAAUGGUGAAGCUGCCAGAAGACGAAGAUACCCCCGAGAAGCGCGUCAAGAAGAUUUUCCGCAUGAUGGACAAGGACGAGAACGGCAGCCUGGACAUGGAGGAGUUCAAGGAGGGCAGCAAGCGGGACGAGACCAUCGUGUCCGCCCUGUCUCUGUACGACGGGCUGGUGUGA